AUGCAAGGAAACAUGGAAGGUCAGACAGGGAAGCAAGGGGUUGCCAAACUUUUUCCUUCACUCCAGGAAACUGUCUUGGAUCAUCGUUAUGCCCAACAUUUGGAAAAGUUUCGGCACGCAUCUUCUGUGAACGACUUGACGAGAUUGAUUCAAGAAAUCGACCAUGAAACCAAAUCGCUUGACACAGAUUUGGCGGCUUUCAUAACAACAGCAUCUCGAAAGCAUACACUGGAAAUAGCAUCGGUCGAAUUGUCUCGGGCAAAGUUAUCGGGUGCUAUAGCCAACUCCACACAAUUAACCAAAGUCUUCUCCAGUGCUAAUGAUUUGGGUCACUCUUUAACGUCAAAGAUCAAGGCAUUAGACCAAGAAAUUGGGAAUGUGGAUGCUGCUCUUUCGUUUGUUUCUGAUAUGCAAACACUUCGAAACAAUAUUAGUCAGAUACAAUACGCCAUAGACAACAAAAAUUGGGAGUUAGCUGCUAUGUGCAUCCAUACAAUUAACCACAAGCUUAGUCCCAAUUUGGUCAACGGCCAAUUCGCAUCAGCAGUCAUCCCUUCUACAGAUAUUCCGGAAUUACCGGGUCCAACCAUUGACAAGUGGAUAGCACAGCUCAAAACCGAAUUGCAGACGUUGUUUGACGACGCAGCUAAGCGCAAAAGCGUUCCAGAAAUCUCCAAAUACUUUCAGUUAUUUCCGCUUAUCGAUCAGGAAGAAGUGGGUCUCAACUGCUACUCCAAGUUCAUCUGUUCUAUUAUCACCGAUACUUCUAGAACACUCAUUAACUCUGCCAUGCAAGGCGACGCCUCUUCGAAAAAGGGAAUUUAUGCUUCCAUCACCAAAAACUUGUUUGAAAGUGUUUCCAUGAUGUUAUCACAACAUACUCCAUUAAUCAAUAAGCAUUAUGGUGAUUCUUAUCCUGAUGCUGUUGUGUUCGUUGUUAACAAAAUCCAACGGGUGAUCGAUUCCCAAAUUGGUUUAAUCACCGACACUUUCUACGACGUCAACAGGAUAGAAAAAUUACUCCAAGAUAUUAAGCUUCACUCAUUCAGUGACUUAAAAAACAGACUUACUGAGUUCCCUGAGGGCGACUCGAAUGACGCGAACGAUGUCGAUCUUGUUUCCAUUGUUGAAGUUGGUGAUUUGAUACAUGAAUUUUCUGCGAUUUUGCACCAUUGGGCACUUUAUUGCAAGUUCAUUGUUGUCAAGUAUUUCAACCCCAAAAUGCCAAGCCCGCCUGAUGAAGGUUUGAAAGCACCAGAUUUGCUCAUUGAGUCACAGUUUAAUAAGAAAAUCCUGAGCAAAUACCUUCCAGCAUUUGAACAUUUGUACACUUUCUACUUCCGUCGCUCAUUUGAAAAAGCUUUAUCAAUCGAGGAAUUACCUCGCUUAGAGCCGUAUCUCAUUACGGAAAAAGUGUCAAAAUCGCCGGAACAGGCCCCCGUAUCGUCUGUUAUUGAAGACUUCACUCUUGUGUUCAACAAUGUGUUGAGAAAUAUUCUUGAGUCAGCCCAACUUUCGACGGUGAGAAAGUUUGUGGUAGAAUGCUUCAAGGUUGUGCAAAAUGACCUCUUGGACGGCUUCAUCGAGAAAGCCUUGCACGAAAACCUGCCAAAGUAUAAUCAGACCUUAUCCUUGAUAGCAUCGAAUAUAGAGAAUGGUGCUCUGAGUACCAUGGUGAGCCCAUCGAAUUCUCAUAGUGGAACUCCAGCUCCUGAGACCGUGAGUGGUUUUUUUAAAGGCGCUUCAAAUGCUUUGGGGAAUGUUGUUGGUACUGGUUCAUCAAUGGUGAAUCCUAACACUGUUGUUAACAGUCCAAAGCUCAUUAAUUUUGUCAUUUACAUGAACACUGUGGCUUCAGGACAAGAUUUCGUCAGUCAAAUUAUCAAUAACGUGACAAAGAAAAACCCAGCUUAUUUGAAAAAUAGUUUCCCUUUUGGAAUUGAUGAGAAAAAAGUAACCAAUAUCAUUGAAAAUGAUUUGCUUGAACCUUUCAUGACGGCAUCAAGCAGCAUUCUAAAACAGAACCUUGUCAAUUUUUACAAUCAGUCGCUUAAAAAUAAGAUUGUCACCUUGAUCAAUGAUUGUUUUCCUGAAUCUAGUGAGUCACAUUAUAUCAUCUACUCGUCCAACGUACUCAAUGAUCCAACGUCCAUCUUAAAGUUCAAACAAGGUUGGGAUCAGUUAAUGAGGCCAUACAAACAAACUUUCCACAAGAAAUAUGUCUACGACAAGCUACUUAGAUUAGUGGUGGUAAAUAUUGUGCUGCUCAUCGAGAGGAAGCUCAUGGCAGUGAUGAAGAAGUUCAAAAUCAAUGAGCUUGGUGCAUUGAAACUCGAUAAGGAUCUUUCGUUCAUUAUCAAUGAAGUAUGUGAAGACGACUACGAAUUAAGAGAGAAGUUUGUGCGGGUCACACAAAUUGUGUUACUCGUUGGAAUGGAUAAUGAAGAGUACGAAUUGAGUUCAUUCAAGGGAGAGGAUGAUCAAGAAGAAGUAGGAAUUAAUUGGGUGCUCACCCCACUCCAAAGAAAGCAGAUUCGCCGGUUCAGAAUCUAA